CUGAGGUUAGAGAUCUGUAAAACAUGUGAUUGGACAAUAUCCCUCAAAACCCAACAGCAUGUGACUUUAUUGUGGAGUCUGUAGACCCUCACCAUGCUCUCUCUGUGGAAUCUUUAUCUUCUUCUCCCCCUCUCCUUGCCUCUCUCACGUCAUGUCAUAGCCUUUGCCGGAGAAAAUGUCAAGGAAACACAACAGCCAGACAUUGACACAGCAGUCCAGCACGCCAUGCAGCCCUCACAGAGACCUCAUGGAUCUGGUUUAGCACCGGCGAGUCCCAUGUUUCGAACUGAGAAUGUUGACUUCCUACCUUUGCGUUGGAACUUACCAUCAUCUGAGGAAUCAGAUAGCCAAGGUGUGAUUGGUGAAUACACUGAUUUACAGGAGAGCACAGAUACAUCUCUCUUGUAUCCUAAUGAGAAGGGACUUAUCAUAUCCAGACCCACAGAUAGUGCUACAGAAGAUGCCACCUCCAAGAAGAGUCCACAAGCAGUAAGGUCUUCAUCAAGAGGAGUACCACCUACCCAGGAACAACAAACAGUAAAGUAUCAGCCAGCUGAGACCAAUACUGGAUCUUUAUUGCAUUCUACACAGACUGGAGAGAAUAAACCAUCUUUCCCAGCCUUGCAGAAUGAGACAACUAAUAGCCAGUCACCUUUUCUUUUGUCUGGUUCACUUCCAUCUUUAUCUCAUUCUGCUGAACCUGGGCCCAGCCCUAAGCCCCCCACUCCCCCAGUACCAACUAGCAGCCCAGGAUGGACCUCUGGUCCUUCUGUUAUCACACAGGGAAAGACACAGGAGGGGACUGUCCCAGUGAAGGAUUAUGGAGUUGGACUGAUUGAUAUUACAGAUCCUAUUUUACAUAGAGGAGCUGUCAGCACGGAGGAAGUUAAAGAUGACUCCAUGGAUGAUAACCUGCACGUCUCAAAGACCAGUGGCACACUUGAUGGUAACAGGGACACAACUACCACACCCUGCAAAACGUCAAACCAGUCCUGGACUCCCACCUACUCAGAUGAUUUUACUCCAAAUGAGGUCCUGCACCCCUCACUAGCUGUCAGCCCUGCCCUUUUUGUCCCUCUGUAUUCAGACUGGAACUCUGCCCUCGCCACAUGGGGAUUUGCUUGGGAAGCACACAUAUAUGGCCUGGGGUCUGUCUUCACUGUAUUUGGCCUAAUCUCUGUGGUUUGCCUGUUGGGCCUGCCCCUGCGAUGUCCCCCAGGAAUCCCCUACCUCACCCUGCUGCACUUGUUCCUCCUCGCUUUUGCAGGAAUCCAAGCUUUUCGUUUGCUCUAUGAUGCUUACAAUCACCAAGAUCGUCUUCCCCCUCUGGGCUCUCUGCUGCUCUCUGAGCUUCCCUUCCCCUGUUUAAUCUCAGCCUUCUCCCUGGCCAUCCUCCUUCUUUCCUUGCGCUCACGCAUGCGUCUUUCACUUCCACUUGCUAAUUCCAAGUCAUUGUCAGUCUUGCCAAAGCCUUGCUUGUUACUGUGUAUGUCCCUGUUGCAUUCUGUUGUCUCUCUAGGGUGUGUUGGCAUGCUCCAGUUCUUCCACAGCCUCCCCACCGUGAUCCUGCUAUUCCCUCAGGGUGUUUUUGUAUGUCUCAGCAUCUUUCUCUCAUGCUCCUACCUCAUCUUCUACUGCUUAAUACAAGUCAACACUAAACACAUCUACCGGCUCAAUGACAAUGGAGAGAGUGGAGGAUCUCCUGAAGUGAUGCGACCUGCAAGUUGCCCCUUUGCCAAAAUGGAGGACUGGGAUAGGGCAGCAGGAGCUGGGGUAGGGGCUUCGUUGUGUUUGUUAGGGUGUGGAGGCCUCCAGCUUUAUGGGAUCCUGCAUGCUCUUGGUUUGGGUGGGGUUGAUGGCUAUGGUUUCCAGCCUUGGCCCUGGUGGGGCUACCAGGUGGGCUGCAGGCUCUGUGAGGUUGGGGUGUGUCUAGGUUUGUCUCUCAUUGGUACACACCCUCUGUUCUGUCACAACAACUCCUCUAUCAAGACCAUAACUCAACCUCGGCCAGGGUCUUGGUCACGCCUCUCCUGCAGCUCUCCUUCACGAGGGCUCACCCUGCCCUCUCAGGGAGGUGCAAAUUCUCCUGUCCUCUCCUCUCACGAUUCGUGGUCCCAGGGUAAGCAGGAAAAGCUGGUGGUCUGUGAUGUCAUCACUAAGGGACAGUCAGAGGCUCUUCCUCUAUUCUCAAUUGUGGAUCCUCCUGGAAAUGGGCUAGACUGUGUCCCCAAGUCCAGCCAAACCCGGAACACUGUACUGCCUCUACCUACACCUCCAAGCCCACCGCACAAGCCUAAAAAUGCAGUUGAGUCUCAGCUAUCAUCACUGGAUAGCCUACACUUGGAGACUGACUCUACUGUGGACCUGCGCCCCCCAUCUCCCAUAAACUUGUCCCGCAGCAUUGACCAGGCUCUUUUCAGUGAAUCCCUAUUCUCUCAGAGUAUCUUUGGUUUGCCAAGAUUAAAUCAUGCUUCUUCCAGCCUCUCUUUGAGCUCUCCUAGCCAAGGUCUGUCUAAGCAAGGGCCAAGCUCUGUGGAAAAUGCCCUAUACCGGACAUCUUCCUGUGGAAAUGUGGAUCAAGAGAACAUCCUGUCCAGUUCAAGACCUUCUCAGCCACAUGGGUCUUCUUACAGCAAGUCACCAACGUCACCAGAGCAAUUGGAUUGGAAAGGGAGUGUCUCUGGCUCAACCCAGGGUCUGUGCAGCAAUCCCAAGGAGACAGGAAAACUGCGCUCACAUUCCUGGGCCAACAGAGGUCAAAACUUUACUCAGAGCAGCCUCCCAAGAGCGAUCCCCCACUUGUCUUACCACAGGCGUUACCGGACCCUGAGCUUAGCUUCCCAGGACAGUCAUGGAUCAGGCCGGCUGGCAGGGACUAAACACCUGAGUGAAAGCAAACAGCUGGAAUGGGAUCUGGCGGUACAGGCAGAGUUUGUGAAUGUGUGCAAACAAAUUGAUGCUCUGAGUGUUUGCAGUGACACCAUUGAAUUGUAG